CUCCCCUCUUUCUCUCUUUCCUAAAUUAGUUAUACAAAACACACCAUACCGAACAACAGCAUAAAUCGUAGUACGAAAACUCGACAAGCAUCAUUAUAUAUCUACUACAGCAGCCCACAACAAAAAAACACGAAUGAGCACAAACCACGAUAGAGCAAGAUAUGCACAAGCAACAACGACCAUCUGGGAUGGGUCAUACAACACCCCAUUUCUUGAAGACCAAACACCCGUGAUGUUUGAAGAGAAUGUUAGAUUCUUUUGCUACACUUGCGAUACUCAAGUCGGAGCAUAUCUCACAGAAACCUAUGAGCCCGUCUGCGAUCGAUGCUUUGGCCAAUUUAUCGAAGUACAAGAGAACAGUGAUGAUAGCAAUAACGCUACAACAGCACCCGCAACAGCAACAGCAACAUCAAAUACUAAUACAUCGUCAUCAGUACUAUCAUCGACAACGACAGAUACUUCCUCUGCUGCACAAAAUAGCAACACGACAAGCAAUAUUUAUUUGACAGUGCCACCACACCAGGACGAUCGACGAGAACGUGAGCAGCACGAUCAGCAACGAAAUAGUAGCGACAACGAUCUCCAAGAAACACAACCAGGUGUAUAUUUUCGACUAUAUGCACCUCCUGCCACAAACAGCACUAUUACCACCAGUCAUGCUCUGUGGCACACGACAUCAACGACUACGCUUCCAUCUACAUCAUCAUCACCUUUGCCGCCACGAUCACCAUCUGCGCCAUCGUCUCGUCAACAUCAUUUGUUUUCACGACAACAACAGCAAUCUGGGAGGCGCAGUGGCGGUAAUAGUGAGAGAAAAUGGUGGCAUCGGUUUUCCAAAAGAAGCGCAGCAGCUCAGCCUAGCAGCUCGACCGACACAACUACAAAUGGACGUAGCACAAAUGGCCGGCUAGGUCAGUUUGCUUCUUUGGUACGAUUAAUGAAAAGCAGGAAUGCAACAAGUGUAACAACUUUGUCAUCUUAUCAUACAGCUGAAGUUCUCGGCCAAGGUGGUGGCAAUGCAUCAUCAUCAUCAUCUGCCAUUGAAACGCCCCGACCAAGUGCAUGGCAAGAUGACGAGGACGAAGCCUGUGCAAUAUGCUCAGAUGAACUGUAUUCAGCUACCAUGCCGGCAGUGAAACUAGACUGCCAACACAUCUUCCACCGAGCAUGUAUUGCUCACUGGCUUGAAAGAGAUACUACAUGUCCUUACUGCCGAAAUCUUGCAUACAUGUCAACAGCAGAGCUGGUCACCCGCCCCCGGUGCUAAAUUAAAGAGAGCAGAACCCAGUUUAUACAAUAAUGUGAUACUAUUACCACUACCAUCGACAUCAUCAUCACCUCCAAUAAAACACAAGGAGUUG